UUUCAAUUUAGACAAGCAGCAAAAUCAUGUACUAAACUCUUUUUUUUCAACUGUGCUAAAUUUUGGCGCGUACUAAACAGCUGUUGCGUUUUCAGGGUGACCACACGACGCUUAAAUGCAGUGCUGCCAGAUGUGUAACUAGGUGGCAGCCUUUUGAUACUGCCGCCGCCCACUUCACGUCUGUUCGACAAAUCAAAACAUUCAGACACAGAAAUAUGCCGCUUGUUGUUGCUAGGAAUCGCCGAGUCAACGUAAUGGUGUACGUGUACUUGCAACCCUCAAGAAGUCGCCGUCACACAGCUGCAAUGCAGUUGUUGUCUGUGCCUGUGGCGCAAGGACGCUAAAACACGAAUUUCCGACAACAAACUUAUUGAUUGUGCAAUAUGUGCACAGUGGGCCACAACAGAAACAACGAAAAUCUGAAGAGCAACGCCGCUUCCGUCCAAAACUAAAACGAAUACGAGUACGAGUCCAAUCAAAAGUCAAAAGGCAAGGUGCAGAGUGCAGAGUGCAGAGGAGGAGCAAUCGAUGCCACACUGCCAUACAAUGGUCUAUUUGCGGAUUGUGCUCACCACCCUGGUGAUAAUAACGUGCCUGCUCGGCGACAAUUUCGUGGAGCUGACACAGCAUCCGCUGCUGAAGGCCCUGGCUGACAAUGCCACGCAUGCCGCAAUUGGCGCUCUGACGGGCAUUGCAUUUGCCAUGCAGUUCUAUGAGCGCACAACUCAGCUCUUCGGCUGGAUAUUGAUUUUCAGCUGCUUUGUGGUCUCCUCGUUUAUUGACCUGGAUCACUUUAUAGAGGCCCGCUCGCUCUACUUGGAGGAUGCCACCAAUCUGUCGCGACGGCCAUUUCUGCACUGCUCCAGCAUUGUGGUGGCCAUGCUGUUGUUUUAUAUAUGCACCGCGUGCCUCAAUUACUUCCGCAGCAGCUUGUUCUUGGGCGCCCUGCUUUGUGCCUUUAUCACGCAUCAUACAAGGGACGCUGUGCGGCGAGGAUAUUGGCUUUGGCCCUUCUACGACCACACGGACCGCAUACCGCAGCUGGCCUAUAUUGUGGGCACGGUUCUGACGCCCUAUCUGCUGGGCUAUUUGCACAACGUUUGCCGCAGCAGCGUGGUCCUCAACUUUUUGGGUCAAUAUGUUAAGCUUAGUGAGAGUAAUUAUCGGGGAAGUGGCUCAGCCAUUGCCUAUCGCUAUUUGCAGCAGGUGUAGGUCUGUGAUACGAUAACUGAACAAUUAAUAUGGAACUACUACAACAAAUGCUUUUUAGGCUUCAAGCUCAAUAGGUUAGCUUUAAGUAAAAAUAGACCCAAUAACUUCCAUAAUACAGGAGACAAUUUUAUUACAAUUCCCUAUGUAGCAUAUACGAAUACAUUUAGAAGGUUUUUACUAGUAUCACCAACACAAAGAUAAUAUCCAAAUUAUGUGAUAUUUUUUAGCAUAAGUAUGUAGUAAAUAGUAUCAAAGCCUAGCGCACAACUAAUCGAUAGACAAAUUUCAAUUUUAACACUUAUUAUCACAGGCAAAAUACCAACAACAAUUAUUAGACAUAAGAAAAGAUUUUAAUUAAUGAAAGCUAAAGGGGAAAAUCAAAGAAUUGCCUUGUAAAACUGCUGUUGCAUCAGCUCUAAACAUUAUCGUAAUAUCUAUUGAUUUCUUGGUGGAUAGUUGAUGUGAUUAAGUUUGCUAAAAUUCCAAGUAUUAAACACAAUAAUAAAUCGCGAGAUUGUUUUGCGUAGUCUUCAA